AGCAGGGUUGUACCAUUCUCCUGUGGUGGGCGUGUAUGAACAUGAGUUAGCCAAAGUGAUAAAUGACGUUAGUGACUACAGUUAGCUAAAAUGUCUCUUUUGCAUGUCAGCUGAAGGAAAGGCUUUUCUUCAGACGUCUUCGCGAAAUUAAUCGUCAAUUUACUGAGAAAGACCUGUAUCGUUUGGGCUAGCCAGUUAGCGUUAAUCUUUAAUUUUGCAAUAGCUAAUACACCCAAGACUGACUUUAAAGGACGACGGAGAUUCAGUGUGCUAGCUAACGUUAGACAGAAAAAUACUGAAAUGCUUUUGAUGUGAAUAACCAUCAUUUCAUUUAGUCACCGUGCACAUAUCUCGCCAGCAUUAGUGCUGGAUUUCUAUCUGCCAUGAUGUAUGGGAGAUCUGGAUGACAGGAAGAUGGCGAGUGGGAUUGGAAAACACAAGCUUGUGGUUGUUGGACCAACGGAGCCAUGGUCAGUCAGGGAGAAGUUGUGUUUGGCCACAUCUGUCAUGAAGAGUGGAGAUCAGAACUGGGUCUCUGUCAGUCGAGCCAUCAAACCAUUUGCAGAAGCUGGUAGACCACCUGACUGGUUCUCCCAAAAGCACUGUGCCUCAAAAUAUUCUGAGCUGUUGGAAACAACAGAAGCUCCCAAGCGGAAACGUGGUGAGAAAGGAGAGGUUGUGGAGACAGUGGAGGACCUGAUAGUCCGCAGGCUCACAGCUGAGAGGAUUGAAGAACUAAAAAAGUUGAUCAAAGAAACACAGGAGAAGCACAGGAAGCUGAAGAGGGAGGCUGAACUGAUCCAAGCGGGCCACUUAGAUUCCAAGCUAGAAGAUUUAUGGGAAGAAAUUCUUCAAAAGAAGAAACAGGAAGAAGAAGAAGCAGAGAUAAAAAGAAAGAGCACAGAUGCAGCAUAUCAGGCCAGACAGGUGGCGAAGAGCACUCCUAAGCGAGUGCCAGGCGUCACCAUGCAUUCGCCCACCGGCUGUGGUUCCCCAAGCCAGGAGUUCUCACCAGGUGACUCACUCGAAUGCUUGACACUGGAUCUUGCAUCUACAAAAAAUGCUUCAGGAUCAGCCAGGUUAAUACCUUUGGCUGAAUCUCCCGGAGCUAACGAAGACAUCAACCACGGGACACUCCUGGACGACUCCACACAAAAGAAGCUGUUGAAUCAGAAGGCUACGCCUCCGCCAUCUCCACUCCUGUCCGAGUUACUGAAGAAAGGCACUAUCUUGCCUGCAAAUUCCAGACUGAUUGGGGAAGGUGACCUCUCUGCUGGUCACAUGACAGGAUCAGGAACCUCACCUAGCCUACCUGUCUCUACAGGUGCACCAAUGCUGUCUCGUCUACUGGAGGCUGGCCCCACUCAGUUUUCAGCCCCGUUAGGUUUUAUGGUCAAUGCAGACUCUGGGUCCAGUGUUCCUGUCUCUGCCACCACACCAGCCACUGUGGACACGAACGUCUCAGGAUGUGCAGAGCGUGAUGUGAUGGUGCCAUCUAUGCCCCCUGGAUGUCCGACCAUCUCAGCCGGAGAUAAGAUGUCAGAGCUCAGUGAAGAAGACGUGACUGUGUCCUACAUGGGAGACGAACUGGACUUAAAGACAGUGGGGGACAUCAUAGCCAUCAUUGAAGACAAGGCUGAUGAGACAGCGGAGGCGUUGGAUGCAGCUGCAGUGGAGGCUGCUCUGUCACUUUGUGAGGAGAAUGGUCAUGCUCUGGCUGGUGACUGGGAAGCUGGGCCUUUUCAGCCCCAUGAAUCUCAUCCCACAGUGGCCCCUGGAGACCCACAGUCUUCCUCUCAUCAGACUAGCCUGGUGGGAAAUACAGAAGGGUUAGAAGUACAUGGUGGGACUUCAGCUCCACUUUCCUCACUGUGCAAUAGUCGAGAUAACUGCCUUGCAGCAUUCCCUGUAGGACUAAGGGGCCUUUCUCCCACCUCCUUAUCCUCCUGCAACUCAAGUUUGGACCACUGCCACCCACGUCCACAGUCCGAGGCAGUGAGGGACACUAGAGACCAGGUGCAGCGGGAAAGCCAAAUGUCAACGAAUGUUACCAUAAAAAGUGAGAGUGAGAAGUGGGCACAGCAGAGACCUGAUAAACCACAUGGAGACUCAGUAUUAGAAGAUAGGCCACUGACAGAAAGGCAUCUCAAGGAGAUGAAAGCAAAGGAGGUAUCACAUGUAGGGGGAGGGGGAAAUGCCUCCCGGACUCAAGUGAACAUUGAGGUCAACGGGCCAGGAGUGUGUGGAGUAAAAGUGGAGGAGGAGGAUGGAGCUGAGGCAUUUCUGUCCGAGCCAGAUGGAGAGACGGAGUUAGAACCUGCGGCCAGCGAGAGUGAGGAUGGAUACAGCCUCCACACGGCGUCCUCGUCUCUGCAACUCAACACAGCUGCAGACUCCAUCCCCAGCAGCCCUGCCUCAUCUCAGUUCUCUAUGUGCAGUGAAGAUCAGGAAGCUUUACAAGCACAAAAGAUCUGGAAGAAAGCCAUUAUGCUGGUGUGGCGAGCAGCAGCCAAUCACAGGUAUGCAAAUGUCUUCCUGCAGCCAGUAACCGAUGAAAUUGCACCUGGAUACCACAGUAUUGUGCACAGGCCCAUGGACUUGGCCACGAUAAAGAAGAACAUUGAGACCGGAUUGAUACGGACCACAGCUGAGUUCCAGCGGGACAUCAUGUUGAUGUUUCAGAAUGCGGUCAUGUACAACAGCCUCGAUCAUGACGUUUACCACAUGGCCCUGGAGAUGCAGCGCGACGUCCUGGAGCAGGUCCAGCAGUUUCUCGCAACCCAGCUCAUCAUGGAGACAUCUGAGUCUGGUAUCAGCGCCAAGAGCCUGAGGGGCCGUGAGAACACACGCAAACAGGACUCUACUGACAAGGUGCUUCACUAGAGUUUUGACAAAAGCAGAGUUCAGAAGAAGAGACAAGGGAUGGGGGCACUAGGGGGCGCCGUUGUGCCAUGGAAGCCGACCUCAAGAUGAAGAAAUGAGCCUCGGAAGAUUUUAGUUGACAGCGUCCUGAAGUUGAAGUGAACUGUGAAAUACUUUUCAGUCUCUGUCAGCUGCAUGGAUGCACACUUUAAAUACAAUGAGCGUUAAUGUGCAGUGCACUCUAGAUUAAGUGGGUAGACUGUAAUGUGUAGAAGCUCAUUUCAGACAGCUGCACAGACAAGGAUUACAUACAGUAUAAUCCCACAUUACAAAGGGGCAUUGAAACGACUAGGUUAAACCUGUCAUAGACAUAGCUGCAAACUAAGCCUGCUAUAACAUAUGUCAGGUUGUACUAAUGAAGACGAGUAUGGAAAGAAGCAGCGAUAAUUUGUUAAACUGCAGGCCAAAGAUUGUGAUUCAUUUCUUAUUUUUAAAUACCCUAAGCCCCAGAAAUGAAAUAUGCAGGCUCACAUAAUAAUUUCAGACAACAUUUUCACUGUGGAUGAAAAAAAUGUUUUUUUUUUGUUUUUUUUUUAAUUAUUUUUAAUUGUGUUGAUAUUUUGUUUGUGCUGAAUUGAUUUUUACCAUGGAUACGCUUCCUGUGAAACAGUACUUAUAUACAUUUUCUUACUAAUUUUCAGUGUUUUAAGCAAAUGUCACGGUUCAGCUCGUCUGUAUUAAUCUGUGUUAUGAUCUUUAAACCUUACAAUGUCAACAAUAAAACUAACUAGAGGGCACUAAAAAUGCUUCUUCCGUUUCAUAGUAUGUAUUAAUACCAAAACACAAGUAGUUUUGUUACUGCUAUAGUUAUUUACUGCUGUUGAAGUCCUCUUGUUCAUCCUCUUUCCUUUUCUAACUCUAACCUCGCUGUGUUUGAACUGCCCAGUCAGAAGCAACGUUCUGUUAUUGAGUUGUGCACAAGUCAGUGAAAAUGUUUUGAUAUUCAUUUGCAAGUGUGAAUAGUUGGCAUUUCAUAUCUUUGCCUUUUUUCUUUUUUUUUUUUUAAAUAAAGUCUUGCUUUUGUGAAAUU